UGAAGCAAUGCGAUGGUCCAUUGAACUUCUAAACAGAGACAGCGGCGUGUUAAAUGGAAGAAGACUCACCGAUACUUAUAUACCUGGCGUGAAAUUUGGUCUGCAGAUCACAGCCACGUGUGGCCACCCAGAGACUGCUUUCACUGCCCUGAAGCAGACAUUCCCUGCUCUGGUGACCACGGAGACCCAGUGUGCGCCUAACGGGACCAGUGUGCUGCCAGGUAUAUUAGGGUUCACAGAGCGGCCAAAUUAUGAUAAUGAACUCUAUCAUAACGAGGUUCCAGUUGUGAACAUCGGAAUGGGGUCAUUGUUAACAUCGCCAGGCGAAUCUGUACUACAUGUUGCAGCGUCUUACGAGACCCGGAGUAAGGUAGUAUCAGAAGUGUUAAAGCAACUCAACUGGAAAUACAUUGCAGUACUGUACUCCAAUGAUGCUACUGGGAGAACCAGGGUGGAUAUCAUGAGAGACAUGCUAAGAAGGUAUGAUCUGUGCGCCACUCUCACAGAAACUGUAGAUCCCGGUCUAUCAGAUCAAGAUGGUGAUGUUGUCAUCAAAAAACUUAUCUCCUUCGGAAUUACUGGUGUCCUUUACGUUGGAUCACAAGACCCUCUUUCCGUUUUAUUCAAUGCAGCAAAUCGGGCUGCCAGAAAGAAUGCUAAAUUCAAUUUUCAGUGGAUUCUGGACGAUAUUAUUGAUGAAAUAUCUGCUCUAAGUAAUAUGCCUUACACCAGGGGCGUUUUGUAUAUCCGCGAUGCUGUUCAGGACAUUUAUGAGUUUAAAGACCACUGGGCAGGGCUUGAUCCCACACGACCACCUGCUGAAAACCCCUUUUUUGCUGAACAAUACAUGACAGAGGAAACUUGCAGACUGCCUUCAGCAUUCCAUCAACUAUAUAUUUCUUAUAUCAGCUGUCCAACCGUGACCAAAGAGGAAAGGCUAAGGCGGUAUGCUAAGGAUCCUAUGCGAGGUUUUGUUAACUUGGCUGUGGAUACCGUGUUUACUUAUGCAAAGGCAUUAAAAGAAGCACAAUCAACAAAGUGCCAGACAAGGGGCAUGUGCCAAGACUUUAUGCGAAUGACCCACAAAGAAUUUGCCAGUCGAUUCUUAAAGACUGUAAAUUUCACAUACACGAUGAACGAAAGAGUACAGUCUCUAGAAAACAGGAAAGUGGCUUUUGAUAAAGGAUAUCUAUCGAAUCCAGAAGUCGAUGUUAUAAAUAUUCAAGUUGAUAAGCACGUCAAGGUCGGAGACUACAGAGCGGGUUUACUGUCUUUGAAUACAUCUCUAAUUCGUAUGUAUGACGCAAGACGCACUGGGAGACUUGCUGAAGUUCCAAAAUCACUUUGUCAAGUCUCACACUGCAAUUGCAUGUCGAAUUUUAAAUCAAGUGAUAAUGUUCAUAGUCAACAGGGAGAUUUAAUUAUUGGCGGAGUUUUCUCAACUCGACAAAAAGGUUCUACACUGCAUACAUGCAGAAGCAUUGAUUCAGUCCAAAUGCAGUUAGUUGAAGCAUUCAAAUAUGCCGUGUUGAAGGUAAACAGAGGAGAAGCAUCCGUAAGAUUGCCACCAGGUAUAAGACUCGGUACCACUAUAUAUGACGAUUGCGAAGAUCCUUAUAUUACAAAGGCGUCACAGUCGGCGUUGAAAUCUUUGGACGCAAUUGUGGCUGUUUCACCUAAUUUGCCUCAUAUGGCAGUACACGACACACUAGAUGGGUUUAACAUUCCAUUAAUUUCGGCAGAUCCUUCUUUGUCACUGCCAAGAGAAGUUGAAAUCCAGAUACUUCUUCACAUCCUUCUGCACAAUGAUUGGAGGUUCGUUCAGGUGGUGUACUCCGAUGACUCCUAUGGCAAUGCAAGCAGUCGAGAAUUUAAAGCAGAAGCGUUAAAGAAUGGGAUUUGUGUUGUACAGUUGGUGUGUUUUAAGAACGCAAAUGCUGCUGAAGCAGCUAGCCUGUUAGACAAAUAUCCAAACACUAAAGUUGUAAUUAUACUUCUUUCACGACCUCACAUUGUUCGUAUGUUCUUAUACAGCAUGCGGCCCCGUCGUGGUGAAUACAUAUUGAUAGGCAACAGUGUGCUUGGCAACUCCAAUACUGCCGUCGGGGGUGAAGAUAUAGUAUCGACAGGGACGCUGGCAGUUAACGUUCAAUACCCGAACAACACCGAUUUCUUUUCACAUUUAAACCAAUUAACUGCAAAAAGUGGUUCCACCCUGUUGUUCCAAAAAUGGUACGAGGCACUCUUCAACUGUACGUUAGAUAUCAAAGUUAAUAUUGCAUUUCAAAAGUGUAUCCAACCUUACUCGACGCCUAUCACAUCUGCCAGAGGAUUCAAACUGGUCCCCCAACAUCAGCUUGUUAUUGAAACAGUAUAUUCUGUCGCUGAAGGGUUGGAAAGAACAUUGCGGCGUUAUUGUCCUGGAAACAUUGACAGAAUAUGUCCUGCAUUUAGAAACGCCCCUGACAAAAACCUUGUGGUUGAACGAGAAAUAAAAGAAGUAUUCCAGAGAAAAGCCAUUCCUGCAACUUUUAAAAUCUUGCAAUUUAAAGGCAAGAAUGAAGGAUAUGAAGAGGUCGGACAAUUUAACGAAGCUACAAAGAAAUUACACUUAGAUGAUGUUGGAUUGUCUGGAAUAUCCUUGUCUAGUUGUCCUGGUGCCUGCUACGUGUGCAACUAUGUGUACCAACACCAAGACAUGGUCAUUAUUCCAGGAGACAUCUUGAUCGCCGGGAUAUUUAAUAUUCACGACAAGGGGUCUUCUCCAUUCACUUGUGGAGAUAUUCGCAACGGUCCAGCUAACAUACAGGGCGCCAAAGCUGUCCAAUAUGCAAUAGAGACCAUAGCAAACGGCACGACUCCUGUGAGUUUAAAGGGCGUGAAACUUGGGGCUGUGAUAUUGGAUGGAUGUUCUAGUGCAGCGAGAGCAGGAAACCUUAUAUCAAGUGCAUAUACGGGGUUGCUAGGAUUGAAGCAAUUCAGAGACAUUAAAGUUUGGAUGGUUGAAGGUGCAGAUAUGCUGGAAGAAGCUUUGCCCACUUUGAAGGUAAUGGGGUUACCUGUUAUAACAACAACGACGACGGACAGUCAACUGAACCAGGAGCUUCAAUUAUAUCCUAAGAUUUAUCGUUCAGUGCCCACGUCUGGUCAUCUUGUUACUGGUAUUUUGCAGUUUCUCAAAGAAAUGGGCUGGAACCGCGUGCAGGUGAUCCAUUCAACGGACACCUAUGGGAAAAAUAUGGCUGAUAUAUUUGGAAGGUUGGCGGAAAGUGCAGGCGUUUGUGUUCAGCAAACCCAUUUUAUUAGCAACAAAGAAGAAUCUGAAAAACUUUUAUCGGUCUUAUUAUCUUCGUUUGAUGCUUCGGUUGUUGUCCUCUUUACUAGUAUUGAAGAUAUCUCGGAAGGCAUUCUGACGGCUAAGCAAAAAUUGACUAAUGACCCUCUUCGGCUGCUUAUCUUUCUUGAUGACUUCUCUGCCACUUCACGAAUUUCACCAAGCUUACUUGAAGGGACGGUAUUGUUUCAGAUAAAAGAACUCGAUCUUGACAAUUUCUCAGCUUACCUCAAUACACAGAAAUUUAAUGGUACCCCCAAAAAUCCAUGGUGGGACGAAUAUUAUGCGAGACUUUUCAAAUGCAAUCUCCCUGGACAGCACAAAUACAAUAUGUCCUGUCAAAACGAUUCUUCCUUGAGAGUGACAGAUGCUCCUGAUUAUGUACAUCAGCCAUUCAUAUGGGGUACCAUUCAGGCAGUGUACGCAUUUGCACAGGCACUGGAUUCUUUGCUAAAUGAACGUUGUGGAGCAGAUAACGACGGACUUUGUGGCGCUUUCACUACUGAUCACAAUAUCACAGCGGCGCUUGCUGCCAAAUUAAAUGGUGUUUCAAUGGAUGACGGGUUUGGUAAAGUCUUCAAAUUUACCUCAGAAAAUGGAACGGUAAAUUACAUGGUGCACCGAUAUAGCAAUGAUGUAAUUGAACAGAUUGGUACAUAUCGAACAUUCCAACGCUCCCUUACUCUUACCAACCCGACCCUUAAGGACUAUUAUGGUUCAGUUAGUGCUAGGUGUGAUGGACUGUGCUCACAAACUUGUUUCGCAAAAAUGAAAACCGCUGCAAAAAUAACCAAAGAUAAACAAGGGUUCGUUGACGGCGAUGUAAUUUUUGCUGGUAUCUUUGACGUACACCAAAAGAGCUUACAACCCUUAGCCUGCGGCCCUUUGAGAGAUCAAAAUGGGUUCCAGCUAACAGAAGCAUUUCUUUAUGCUCUGAACCUUGUAAACACUCACAGGGGACAAUUUCAAGAUAUAUUGCGUGGGGUCAAACUGGGUGGCAUCUUAUUAGAUUCCUGCGAAAGUCCUGCACGGGCCGCGACGCUCGUCGAUAAUAUUCAAAGCGGAAGAGUGAGUUUAAGUAAUUCUACUGUUUCAAAAUUCAUUGCCGCUUACAUUGCCGGCCCAACCAGUGCAAGCAGUCGAACAGUGGCAGAGGUUUUGAAACCGUAUGGUGUGCCUCUUCUGAGCUACGCGGCAACCAGCACCGAUCUGAAGAAUCAGUUGAAAUACCCCACCUUUCUCCGCACUGUUCCCAGUGAUGGCAAACAGGCAAGGGCAAUUCUGGCAGUGUUGAAAAGGUUCAACAUAGAGUACGUGCAACUGGUAACUUCAUCAGGACCCUACGGUGAUCCAAUGGCGAAGGACUUGCUGGAGCUUGCAGGAGAAAGCGGCGUCUGCAUCGCCCAACAUCUUGUUCUCCGGGUAACUAAAACAGUGUCGGUUAAAGUUGCUGCCAAUAGCACUUUACAUGCUCUCUUGAAGAAACCUCCACGAGUUGCAGUACUGGCGUUAGAACGGGAACAUGUGCGUGAAUUAUUACUCGCCUUCAAUAGUAGUACCAAUGCUAAAAAACAAAAAUUUCUGUUUAUUGGGACUGAUACAUGGCAGAGGGAUCUUUCCGUUGUUGCCGGUCUUGAAGAUAUAGCAGAGGGAGCGCUUACUCUUGGCCUUGAAACUAUAGACGUUCAGGAUUACGACACUUCACUCUUCUUAAAACAUCCAAAUAACUACUUCUCUAACCCCUGGUUCGAGGAAUAUUACCAAUGGCUUCACCAAUGUUCAUUGCAAGGAGAUGGGGUGUUUAACAAACUGUGUCCAUUGCAAACAUCACAAAUACCGCCUACCAAGUACAAACAGGACAAACUUGUAUUUUACACCAUUGCAGCCGUCCAUGCCAUGGCACAUGGUCUUCAUUCGGUCCUGUUGGAUACCUGUGGAGCACAGUACUAUGGGCUUUGCAGCAACUUCACAAAAUCAGGGGAUAAAUAUCAACAGCUUCUGAAGUCUACAAAACUUGCCAACUUCACGGAUAUCACCGGACGUCCCUUCGAGUUCCAAGAUGGAGAAAGCGUCCGUGGGUAUGACUUGUUCAGAUUUGGUCGAGAAGCGCUUGGAGGAUAUCUUUACAGCACGAUAGGGGAUUAUUACUAUGAAACACUAACCAUUACCAGCCCAGACGACAAUUUCGAUGUGCCUUAUUCAAACUGUUCACACAAACACUCUUGUAGAGAGUGCCCAACCCUGGGGCCCAAGAAAACAAGAAUAAUGAUAUCGGACAAACAGACAAUAAAGGAGACUUCGAAAAUGUAUGUGGUUGCCGUUAUGGACGUGCAUCAACGUGGUCGAAACCAAUUUGAAUGCGGACCUCUCAAUGUGCAAAGUUAUUACCAGCUGUAUGCUUUACAGAUUGCGUUAAGGAAGGGAAAUGCCGACAGCCUUGGAUUGUUCGUAAUAGAUGCUUGCUCGCAUAGCAUUCGUGCAGUAAACGAUAUUUACAGUUUUCAAGGUGGCUGCGGCAUCAUCGGUGAGACAGCUCCGAUCGAUCUGAAAGUCAGGCCCGAGAUGACUAUGGCCUACGUCAUCAUGGGACCAGACAACGUUGAUGCUGCCAGGGCUUUUUUAACUUCGCAAGAAAUCCCUAUAGUUUUACCCUCGGUUGCUCCUGCUGUCCCAAAUAAAUAUGUGUUCAGCACCAUGCCUUCUGAUUUUAACAAAGCACAAUUGCUUAUUUCCAUUUUACAAUCAUUAGAAUGGACCCACGUUAUGGUGGUCAGUUCUAGCAGUGAUCGCAGUCAGGCGGCAACCACUGCCUUUUUUAACGCAGUCAAAAAUAAGACCAAUAUUUGUAUUGGGAAACAGAUCAUUAUGGGAGAAAAUGCCACUGAGGACGACGCGCGAGAUUUUGUUAAUAAUCUUAACAGUACAAGUGAUGCUCGGGUCGUGGUAUAUUUUACUGACGUUAAGCAUACAGAGCUCCUUUGGUCUGGAUCAGACUUAUCUCAAUUAGUGUGGAUUGGCUUUUCCCAUGGUGAAAACGAGGCAAAGGAAAACAGCGAUCGCGUUUCAGGAUCCAUUACAAUUUCACCACAAACAUUAGACAUGCGAGAUAUCUCAAAUACCCUAGUGGGAUCACGUCCAGAUAUCACAAAUGAUAUACCUCCAGACUGGUUUGAAGAGUUUUGGCAAUUAAUAAAUGGCUGCAAAAUUUCAAGUAGCAAGUUUGUACAAAAACAAUUCACUCGCGAAUGUGGAGACAGUGAGCAGAUUUCAUCAAAUGAAAUACGCAUGGACCCCUCUGUAAGCCACACCUUUUUAGCAGGCAGUAUCUUGCGAGAGGCGGCUUUGACAUCUGAAUGUAUUCCUGGAGACCGCAAUUGCUUUACAAAGGCUCUUCAUACAACUUUCGUGCAAGUACCUGAUGCGACAACGAAGUUUUCCUUUAAUAAUACUUUAGGAUUCGAAAUCCGAAAUUUCCAAAGCAAGUCCAAAGUGCAUGUGAAGAUUGGGUCAUGGGAUACAGGCGCGAUGCACCUUAGCAUUGACGUACGUAAAUACCAAGGGCCAAUUGCCAAAGGCGGAUCGAACUGUACUUCGGAGAACUGCCCUUGUUUAAAGAACCCAGUGGUCACUUUUAAUCAGUCCGUUACCGUUGCAACUCCUUCACAAAAUGAAUACAUUACAACCUUACCGGCGGUAGACUCCCGCUUCGUCAGUGCUAUAGGAAUCAUUGUUUCAAUGUUCAUAGGAAUCGGUGUCCUCCUGACAUUGGUGCUCUUCGUGGUCUUCUGUGUUGCUUAUCCGAACUACAAAAACAUCGGGACCACGUUACUUGGGUACUACGGACUGUUUGGAGUGUUAGUCAUAUUUCUUCACACUUUGGCCUUCAUAUAUUAUCCAUCAUCUACCGUGUGUGGCUUCAGGCGAUUCUUACUGGGUUAUUCUUAUGCGAUUUGUUUCUCAGCAUUUCUUAUCAAAGUUUUAGAUAUAUGGAGAAUCGGAAAUGAUGUCGUGCAUCUACGUCAUGGCUCUAAUACUCAUGACCGCCAUUUUUGGGGUUGCCACAUGGAAGCUUGA